AUGUAUCCCAAUGACGACGCUAUUCCGGCGAUCACGGACGAGUUCCACUCCCUCCAAGACAUUGGAUGGUACGGCAGCGCCUACCAAGUUGCCAAUGCUGCCUUUCAACCGCUGACGGGCAAGAUAUACCACUAUUUCAGCUCAAAGUGGUCUUACUUCACCUUUCUGGUCUUAUUCGAGAUCGGUUCGCUUGUCUGCGAAGCGGCCCCUUCGUCCAUGGUCUUGAUCCUGGGUAGAGUGGUGGCUGGAGUAGGAAGUGCCGGUAUCAUGAGCGGCGCCCUAACGAUAAUCGCCGCAUCGUUGCCGCUCGAGAAAAGACCCGCUCUUGUGGGGCUUGUCAUUGGUCGUGAUGGGAGCGUAUUUGGCCCUGUUCUUGGUGGCGUGAUCACGCAGUACAGCACUUGGCGAUGGAGCUUCUACAUCAACACGCCUAUCGGCGGCCUUGUUCUUCUUUUCCUGUCCUGGUGCGAUGUCCCCGACCAAGUCCCCAAAACCAGGCUGAUGGAGGUGCUUCCCAAAAUACAUGCAUACCUUGACUUUGUGGGGUUCUUAUUAAGUGCUUCUGCAGCCGGGGACGAUGGGCUGAUCCCGCCGUCCAUGGCCGGUAAGAAACCUAUUUGGUGUGCGGCUGCCACAAACUUCACUCUUAUCGGGUCAUCAAUGAUCCAAAUCUACUUGCUCCCAUUAUACUUCCAGACGGUGGCAGGGGCGUCGCCGGCUCAGAGCGGCGUUAAUGUUCUGCCUAGCAUCCUGUCACAAUUAGCUUUCGCCUAUGGCGGAGGCUUACUGAUUGGCAAGUUCGGAUACUACUUACCGUGGGCAGCGGCUGGGACUGCCGUAACAAUCAUCGCAAGCGGGCUCUUUACGACACUUACGCCGACGACUACCGUUGCGCAAUGGGCCUUCUAUCAGAUCCUUGCAGGCGCUGGGCGAGGUGUUGUGUUGCAGUUGCCACUCAUCGCCGUUCAGGCCAACCUGCCACCCGAGCAAAUCUCGGUGGGUAUCUCCUUCAUAGCCUUUUUACAGUUCAUUAGAGGCGCAGUUUUUCUGGGCAUUGGGAAUGCCAUAUUUGUCGGGACGCUGAAGCAGAGUCUUGCACAUAAGUCUCCAAAUAUCGACGUGGCAGCUGUGAUUGACGCAGGAGCCUCAGGGUUCCGCAAGAUCUUCCCUGCGAACGACAUCCCGGGGGUGAUGGCGGCAUACGUGUUGAGUAUCACCCGUGAGUUUUACCCGUCUCCGGCAUUUGCAAUCGCCGCUUUCUGCCUCUCUUGGGGCAUGGGAUGA